UUGUUUUUGCUGGUGUGGUCCUUGCGUGAACUGUCCUUGUGGAAAUGCAGAUCUGAGCUCAAGGAUACAACACCCAGAGAACGUCAUGGCGUCUCGUUUUCUGAAGUUCUCAGUGCUGGUGCAGAAAUAUCGGACUCCUCUUCUCCUUGCCGGCUGCGGAUGCGUCUUCACAGCCAACGUUUUCAAUCACGUCUUUCCAGAAAUCACGUACCGAAAGCUCUAUCAGGCCUGGAGCAAAGGUGAGCCAAGCAUCUUAUCAGAAAAGCUGGAGGAUGUAUUCCAGCAGGUCCUGAAAGACUCAGCAGUCAGUUCUCCUGGUAACUAUACGGCUUUCGCUGCUUACGGGUUCCAUCCGGUUAGUGCAGGGAUUCCAUGGCUUCCCUCUGGAGCACAGAUCGGCAUCCCGUCCAACUUCAACAGCACCCCGGAUGACCUGACAGGAAUCACUAACCGCACCAUUCUCAUCAACGGUAAAGAGGUGGAGUGGGACAGUGAGACAGGUAGCACGCUGAAAAAUGCCCUGGUGUUGUCUGAAGACGCACAGAAGUUUGCCAUGGCACGUGAGGUGGCCCGAUUAGAGUGUGCUGGCCCGGUGCUGCAUGCUGUUGUGGCACCAACCUGUCUGGCUGGAGCCUGGAUUUAUAGCGUGGCUCUCAAGCAGAUCUUCGGGCUCUUUGCUCGAUCCGUUAUCCUCAGAGCUGGCGUUAACAUACUCGCUCUGGGUUUGGGAGCUGUGUCAUACUUUUUAGCCUCUGACGCCGUGAACCAGUGGCUGGAGUUCCACUCGGACCAGCGGGCUGCCAGCCUUUCCCACAACUACGCAAAAGGUGGAGUUGAGUUCUAUGAGAAGAUUCUGGCGAGGAAUAAGACUCUACGCGUUCUCAUGGGGCCUAGAGGAGAGGAGUUGUACGCACCUAGCGGUAAUCUGUUCCCUUCCAGCUUGAUGAGUAUGAAACAUGCACCGUACACGUCGAGGCGAGACGGAAUUCUGAAUCUACUCAAAGAGCAGAAAGCCUAAAGGACGUUUGGUCUUUGAAUGAAUGAUGAAUUUGAAUAAAUGACCAGGCUGUGUUCACAAGGAUUUUCUAAUAUCCAGCCAUAAAUGCAUUCAUAUGUGUUGCUGUUACAUGGUAGGUGUGUUUGAGGAGAGAGAAAGAUCUUCAACUCAAAUAUAUAGUACUGUGAAAAAGUCUUGGCACCCUAUAUUUUUUUUCAUACAAAUUUUAUUGAUUUCUAUUUUAUGACUUCUACAUUAUUGAGUCAGUACAAAAAUAUUUUAGAGUUCCAAAUGUUCGUUUUCCAGCACAAAAUUAAAUGUUACGGGGAAAAAAUGUAUCUGAGCAGCAUAUAAGAGACCACUUUUCAGAUUAAAAAAAGAAGGGUUUUGGUGCAGAAUUAAAGUGUAUGUAAUGUCCCUAAACCCCACUUUUUUCCUUCUACAAAGCAACAGUCAUUAUGUUGAUUGACCAUGUGUUUUCGAAUCAUAGCUGAGCCAAAAGGCCAUAAAUUGACGGAAAAUCAAUAAGACAGCCGAUUUUCACAGAAUCUGCCGAGACUGAAACAGAAGAUCCCGAAGAGGUGCGUGACGUCACGUGUAACAAAGAUCCAGAUAUUAAUUUUGUUCAUGUGCGCAGCAGUGGUUAGACCAGUCUUGAUAUGGAAUCACGUUUUGGAAAGAAUUCUGAUAGUGAUUGGGAUUUAUAUGUCGCAUGAAGGGGCAGAAGAUUAUCAAGGAUAUUCCGGAGUAAAUGGUUAUCUUUUCGAGCCCCCAAGAUGAGAAACAGAUACCAGUUCACAUAGUUCACGACAGUCCCGCUCAUCGCCGAUAGCACACCACCAGCCAGAGAGAAUUGGAAACACAGAUUGGUUUGUGGAUUUUUAUUCUAAGCUGGCCGCUGCAAAAUAUAUGGAAAAUAUUAAUGUACCUCAAUAAAUGCAGAAAUAUAACCUUUAAAAA